AGAAUUUGGAUUCUUCACAAGAAUCAUAUUCACAUCACUGUCUCUUCCAUGAGCUGCCAAGCCAUUCAUUGCCAUGUUUAUAAUUCUUUGUCUAGCCAAUAUUUUUUCUUGAGUGCCAUUUAUGCUAAUCCUUACUCGGAUGCUGUUAGACAGACAUUAUGGGAUGAAUUAAUUCUUUUUAGCCAGGCACUACCUGCUGUUCCAUGGCUAGUGGGAGGGGAUUUCAAUGACAUAAGAUCUCCCUCAAAAAGAUCAGAUGGAGCAAGCAUCUCAAAAGAAUCUCUUUCUUUUCAUGAUAAGCUUAAUGCUGCUGAGCUCCAUGACAUUCCUUCCUCGGGUUUUUAUAUCACCUGGUGCAACAAUAGGGAGGAUGGUCCCAUUACUAAAAAGUUGGAUCGCUUAAUGGUCAACGAUGUUUGGUUUGACUUAUUUCCAGGCACUAAUGCAGAAUUUUUGCCCCCUGGCUACUCAGACCAUUGUGCAGAUAUGGCAAACUCUCUCAUCCAUCCUGUUAUAGAGGAAGAGAGUAAGGUUGUGGUUUUCUCAAGUCCUGGAAAUAGGUCUCCUGGCCCAGAUGGUUUUACAGCAGAAUUUUAUAAAGCUGCCUGGUCUAUUGUGGGAGAGAAAGGAGUUAGGCAAAGGGAUCCCUUAUCCCAAUACAUUUUUGUGGUAUGCAUGGAGGUCCUUUCUCGUAUGUUGAACAAAGCCGCUGAGGAAGGAAAAUUUGCUUAUCACCCUAAAUGCAAAAAUGUGCAGCUUAUACACUUAUGCUUUGCUGAUGAUCUCAUGAUAUUCACAGAUGGUAGCCUAGCCUCUCUAAAUGCAAUUGAUGCUGUCUUGACGCAUUUCUAUAAGGUUUCUAGCCUGAGAGUGAACUAUGCUAAGUCAGAAUUGUUCUGUUGUGGGUUAUCUACAUCACAUACCCAGUUGCUUGCUGAAAAAUUUGGUUUCAAGAUUGGUACAUUGCUAGUAAGAUAUUUAGGAGUACCAUUGAUCACGGGGAAGCUUGCAAAGAAGGAUCUCAGGCCUUUAGUCUCUAAAAUCACUGAGAGAAUGUCCUCCUGGGCUGCUAAACAUCUCUCCUUUGCUGGUAGAUUACAACUAAUCUCCUCGGUAAUUCAAGGCGUCACCAAUUUUUGGUGUUCUGUUUUCAUACUGCCUAAAGGGAUUAUUAAAGAAGUGGAAAAGAUAUGUGGUGCUUUUCUUUGGAAUAAUGAAACUUGUAGUGCUAGAGGGGCUAAGGCAGGUUCUGUUUGGGUUGCUUGGGUCCAGGAAAACUUACUUAAGGGCAGAAGCUUUUGGUCUAUUAAUAUUCCUUCUGAUGCUUCUUGGGGAUGGAGGAAAAUUUUAAAACUAAGGCCAUUAGCUAGAGGGCUAAUCCAUCACAUACCAGGGAAUGGUCAGAACACUUAUCUCUGGCAUGAUAAUUGGCACCCUGCUGGCCCACUAUUAGAAGUUUAUGGAAACUCUAUUGUUCAUGAUUCAGGGAUACCUUCCCAAGCUAAACUAGCCAGUGUUAUAACUGGUAGAUUUUGGAAUUGGCCUCGUGCUAGAUCUCCCCAAUUGAUGGAAAUUCAAAUACCUCUUUUUGAUAUUCAUCCUAGGGAGGGUGAAAAUGAUUCAGUUAUUUGGUUGACCUCCCCAUCUGCAUCUUUCCAAACUGGUCAGACUUGGCAUUGGUUAAGACAUAAGCAGCCCAGGAAGGUAUGGCAUAAACUUGUUUGGUUUCCUCAUGCUAUCCCUAAGCAUAGCUUCAUAGACUAGUUUCUGGGUAAUAGUAGAAUGUGUACUAACUAUUGUGUAUUUUCUUAGCCUUUUCUCUCUUGUAGCAGCUCAUGUGCUGCUUUAUGUUGUAAGUAUUUUUGGAUAAAUAAAUUCACCUUUUAUCC